CGCAGGGACAGAGCGGCGGUCCUGGUGACAGUUGAGCAUGGCUGGAGCGGAGGGGCAUGCUGGGCGGCAGUCGGAGCUGGAGCCCGUGGUAUCGUUGGUCGACGUGCUUGAGGAGGACGAGGAGCUAGAGAACGAGGCGUGCGCCGUGCUGGGCGGCAGCGACUCCGAGAAGUGCUCCUACUCGCAGGGCUCAGUAAAGAGACAAGCACUGUAUGCCUGUAGUACUUGCACUCCAGAGGGAGAAGAACCGGCAGGAAUUUGCCUAGCUUGCAGUUAUGAAUGCCAUGGAAGUCAUAAACUAUUUGAACUAUACACAAAAAGAAAUUUUCGUUGUGAUUGUGGAAACAGCAAGUUUAAAAAUUUGGAAUGCAAAUUAUUUCCUGACAAAGCAAAGACAAAUUCUGGCAAUAAGUACAAUGACAACUUUUUUGGAUUGUACUGCAUUUGCAAGAGACCUUAUCCUGAUCCUGAAGAUGAGAUUCCAGAUGAGAUGAUCCAGUGUAUAGUCUGUGAAGACUGGUUCCAUGGAAGGCAUCUUGGUGCCAUUCCCCCUGAGAGUGGGGACUUCCAAGAGAUGGUGUGCCAGGCUUGUAUGAAACGCUGCUCUUUCUUGUGGGCUUAUGCUGCGCAAUUGGCAGUAACCAAAGUAUCUGCUGAGGAUGAUGGGUUGGUGCUGAAUGUUGAUGGAAUUGGUGAUCAGGAAGUUAUCAAACCUGAAAAUGGAGAUCAUCUAGAUAGUACCCUCAAAGAGGAUGUUCCAGAACAUGGAAAGGAUGCUGUCAAAGAAGUUAAAGCAGAGCAGACUAACGAACCAUGUACCAGCUCUAGUUCCGAAUCUGAUCUCCAGACGGUGUUUAAGAAUCAACAUCUCAACACAGAGUCACAGCCUGGCUGCAGACUUCAGGAGCUUAAAGCUAAGCAGUUUGUAAAGAAAGACACUGCCACCUAUUGGCCCCUGAACUGGCGUAGCAAGUUAUGUACCUGCAAAGACUGUAUGAAAAUGUAUGGCGAUCUAGAUGUCCUGUUCCUGACAGAUGAAUAUGACACAGUUCUGGCUUAUGAAAACAAGGGCAAGGUCGACCAGGCGGCUGACAGGAGGGACCCUCUGAUGGACACCCUGAACAGCAUGAACAGAGUCCAGCAAGUGGAACUGAUUUGUGAAUAUAAUGACUUGAAGACUGAACUUAAAGACUAUCUCAAGAGAUUUGCUGAUGAAGGCACGGUUGUUAAGAGAGAGGACAUCCAGCAGUUCUUUGAAGAAUUUCAGUCAAAAAAGAGAAGAAGAGUGGAUGGGAUGCAGUAUUAUUGCAGCUAGAGUGGAGUGUGGUGCCUUCUCCUCCAGGCCAAUGAAAAUGCCGCUUACUGUUCCAGGAAUAAAAGAGGCAGAGUUCACAUUUGGUCCUCUUUCCGUCCUGUCCCUGGAGAGGCCUACUCCUCUGGCCUUGAGCUUCCUUCACUGUCAACUACAGUAGCCACAAUGUUUAUGCUGAUUUCACAACCAGCAUUCUUUCUGACUCAACUAAAUGCAACUCAUUCCACAGACUUCAGCUCCCCAUCCCCCAGUCUAUCCAGGGUUGUUUGCUUAUAAGUUUUAAGAUGUUUGAUUUGGUUUUGAGAAAGUAAACUAGUCUCUUUUCUAAUGAUUUGUCCUUUAACUCCUGAAUGUGUCUUCUCUGCCACAGAGCUGUUGUCUUCCAGGACCUGCUCUGUGGGGCAUCGCAGAAGUUCUCUUCCUGUCAGCUAGAACCUCUAUAGUCCCCUCACCUCUGUGAUCCUGGUGCCUUGGGUCAAAGCUUCCUCAAGCCUGAUCUGCUUCUUCUCACACAUCCCUGCUCUCUGAGGUUUGGUCACACUUUGGAAGGGAUCUUGGAACUUGUUUCCUCUGGGCCCAGCCUCCAGAGUAGCCAGAACUGAUGGUUUUCUGGCCUGGAUGACUGUCACAGGCAGGGAGCUUGGCUGAUGGCAGGAUUGAGGAAGCCAAACUUUGUUACAAAUUUUACUAAUAAAUUUAAAGUGAAAAUUUCAUUCACAAUUCUGCUGACACUAGAAUAUUAGAAUUUCAGUACUGUAGUGCUCACAGUGCUUCCUGGGAGAAAAUUUGCCAGUAUACUAGUCCCUCUUCUGCUGCCUAAAAAUAGACCGGGUACUACCCUGUGAAAUCUUGGUGGUUUACAAAGUCCUCUGGAUUUCUUUAUAUUAUCAGGGAUAUUCAUAAGCGUAUAUUAAAAACAGACCUAUUUUGAUAUUGUUCUAUUAUGAAAAUGUUAUUAGAACCCCAAUAAAUUAUUAUUUUUCCCCUUAAAUCUCUGCUGAAGAAAAAAGAUACUGGCUUAGGUUCCUUGUAAGCAGCAGGGCCAUGAGUGCCCUGUUUUGGAAGAGGCAGACUGGAAAAGAUUCCGAACGAGGCCCUGGGCUGCAUGAAUGAUGAGCUUUAUGUAUAUAAACGUUAGUGUCCACAGCUGGUUCCCUAAUGACUAUGAGAUCUUCUUUGGAAGAACCUCAUAGAAUGUUGUGUAAAACCCCAUGUUUGAGGGGAAGUCCUUUCACUUGGUAUGAAAUCUCUUUAAAGACCCUCGGUCUCUGUGGAAAACACCUUCUGAUGAACACAGAGCCCUCCGUUGCUCUCUCCCUCUGGAGGAGCGUGGUGUUUCCUACAAUAAUGACAUACUGUGAGGUAUGUGACUGUAAGCAUUUGAGGCUUUGGGGCCACACAUGUAUCUUACUCCUUUGUGUGUGCAGCAGUCACUCCUGAGUGCCCACCGAUCCCUGGAGGAGAGGAACUAGACUACAGCAAGUCAAGGCCUCAAAGAAAUGGUCCAACCCAUGUUUUUCUGCAUCAAACCUCUAAUUACAGAUUCUCCUGGAGAGUGGUGUGUGGAGCUGGAAGGUCUUGUGGCCACAGGAGAUGCUUGUGUGCCCCGAGCUGGCCUUGUAGAAAAGGGAAACAGGCUGAGUUGGAAAGCUCAGGGUGUCUUGGAGAGUUUGCAGUCCCCAGCUUGGGAACUCUUCCAGGUCUGAGGGGUUUUGAACCCCUCUGCAAGGUUGCACUAGCAGUGUACUGUUGUGGCCUGAAAGUUGAUAUCUUCUCAGACGUUUGAUUUAACUACCAGAAAGUUCCUUACUUCUUGCGACAGGUCAGGACCAAGUCUCAGAGGCAAUGCAUUACUGUGCAGCACAAUAAUAGAAAUCAGCCAGUGCUGAAGGGCUCGUCCUAUGAAAGGUACUGUUCCUUCUCUUGCAUCAACCAGAAAACCUCUUUUUUUUUACCUGUUGUUCACAACUAGUUUUCUUAUUGACUAUUGGACCGUCUCUUCUUGUAGAGACUGAUUUUGGCCAACAUGUGGCAGUUGAUAUUAAUGCAUGUUUUAUGCGAAACAAGAAUAUGAUAUUAGUUGCUUUUAAGGAAUUCUGGCAUUGUAUGUGCAUUUUUGUAGAAUUGUUACUGGACUUAUAAUUACAUAUUAACUCCAAUCAGGUUUCUGUAAAAUUUAAAUAAAACCAAUUCAAAAUA